UACAUCUCCAAGAGCACGAGCUCUUCAUUGCCUAACAGAAUCGCUGUGAAACUAGAAAAAACAGCAACGAAAUUCCAGAAGAGCCAAAAAAAAGAAAAGAAAAAGGAAGCCCAAGGACGAAGAGCAAAAGAACUUCCAGACUCCCAACUCUCCUGUAACUGACUGCACCACAAUCAGCGUGACACCACUUUCACUUUCGCCUCUGAAAGCUCUCACUCACGGCGCCACCUCGCUCGCUCUCGUUUCGCCGAGUACUUUGUUUCUAAGUGAGUGGAACUCUUGGACUUGAUAUGGAUGUGGAUGGAUUUCAUUAUGGAAGCUGACUAGCUGAGGGAUAAGGACUUUGCAGUGGUCAAUUGUAAGAAGUACAUGGUAAUGGCUCCUUCUAGCAAGGCUGAUGAGAAGGCUGCAGUUGAUGCAGCCGCAUGGAUGUUCAAUGUUGUCACUUCUGUUGGGAUUAUCAUUGUCAAUAAAGCUUUGAUGGCUACAUAUGGCUUCAGUUUUGCUACAACAUUAACUGGUUUGCAUUUUGCAAUGACAACUCUGAUGACGCUUGUUCUAAGGUGGCUGGGAUAUGUCCAACCCUCUCAUCUACCAUUCCCAGAGCUUCUAAAAUUUGUUAUCUUUGCUAACUUCUCUAUUGUUGGAAUGAAUGUUAGUCUAAUGUGGAACUCUGUUGGAUUCUAUCAGAUUGCUAAGUUGAGUAUGAUUCCCGUUUCCUGCCUUUUGGAAGUUGUGUUGGACAAAAUUCGAUACUCUAGAGACACAAAGCUAAGCAUAGUAGUUGUUCUAUUGGGUGUUGGUGUUUGCACUGUGACCGAUGUGAGUGUUAAUGCCAAAGGCUUCAUUGCAGCCUUUAUUGCAGUAUGGAGCACUUCUCUGCAACAAUAUUAUGUUCAUUUUCUUCAAAGAAAGUAUCAACUUAGCUCAUUCAACCUGUUGGGACAUACUGCUCCAGCGCAAGCUUCUUCGUUGCUGUUAGUAGGCCCCUUUCUAGAUUAUUGGUUGACAAACAAAAGAGUCUACGCUUACGACUAUAAUACAACGUCUUUGAUAUUUAUAAUUCUUUCGUGCACCAUCGCCGUGGGGACGAACCUCAGCCAGUUUAUAUGCAUCGGCAGAUUUACAGCUGUCUCUUUCCAAGUACUUGGUCAUAUGAAGACAAUCCUUGUUUUGAUUUUGGGGUUCUUUUUCUUUGGGAAGGAAGGUCUCAAUCUGCAUGUGGUUUUGGGAAUGGUCAUAGCUGUAGUUGGAAUGAUUUGGUACGGCAACGCAUCGUCUAAGCCCGGUGGAAAGGAGCGUCGGAGCCACUCACUCCCAACCGCCCGGCAACAAAAACACAGCGGCUUAUCAGAAUCCGGUGAGCUUGACGGGAAAGUGUAAGUGUUCCUUAGGAAAAAUUGAGCAUACAAAGGAUUCCAGGAAGGUAUUUGAUCAAUUGAGAUUAGAAAACCACCCAUCGGUUUUAAUUAUUUUCCAACUUUUUUGUAAUUCCUAGUUUUAUUUCUUGUUUUGAAUUUUCCCCCUUCAGGGGAAUGGAUAUUUCUGGAUAGGUUUAGGUUACCUACAAUUUUAUUUUUUUUUCAUGAUUAUAUUUUAUAGUAAUCAAUUUUUUUUAAAACCCAA